AUGGCCAUGCUUUUCAUUGCCUUUAGUAUUGGGGUUGCUAUGGCGGACUGCAUUGAACCCGUGCCAGGCAUCAAUUUUCUGCUCCAGGUGGAAAAACAGAGAAAGUUUGCGAGAGGAGCAGGAGGACAUUUGACAAAUUGCGGGCGGUUGAUCUACGAAAUAUGCGAUCUAACUGCCAACAGCUUCUGCAGCAACAACUGCAAAGUGCACACUCACGGGCAGGAUUGCUAUCGGCCAGUUCCAGAGGUGAUGGCCGAACAUCCAGGAAUGGAUGGCUAUUGCUAUUUCAAUCAAACUGCUCUUUGGGUGUCUCCGUUACCUGAUAACGAUCAGGAUUUUAUCGAAUAUGCCAAGGAGGGCAUACUUGGUCUAAGAAAGAUGGGUGACUACCGCGGGAAAGAUCAUGGUCCCCUGAUCACUUUCAAUUUUGAGGGCCAGGUAAUCACAAGCUACAUGGACGCAAACCAUUAUUCCUAUGAUGACCUCUACGGAUACUCCUUGGGCUAUUUGCAAGGGCAGGGCCUAGAUACAGAAUUGAUGAAGAACGCCAGCGGCUGGAUAGCCAUUUCGAGGCAGAAGUGUUUGGAGAUCCAGACCAAGUACAACUUCCAACCUGAAGAGUUGGUGUUGGCUGAUUGGUUGGACAACAACGUGGUCAUUUCGACGAAGGUGAUGUGCAGCGCAAACAUCACCGCUGUGCACCAGCCUCCUGAUGUCAAAGAAAAAGCCAAGUGGAGAAGCCCGACGGAUUGCGAGCCCAUCACGGCCAGGGAUUUUGCCAAGCACCAUUACAUCAAGUGCCUCCUCGGAUACCCGAAUUCUGCGUCAGAUGGUGCAUAUCUCAAUGCACGCGCGUGUCUUGUAGGAAAUCAUGUAGGACACUUUACUGAUUGCCCCUAUUCACCAAAUGUCCACUUUUGA